GUGUGGGGUUGAUUUCACUGGAAAAAUGCAAGAAAAGCAAAAGAAGGUACAGUUUCCAAUAAGAAGAAUCUUGGGAUUUUCCCUCCAACAUUUUAGUACAGGAAUAUUCUGUGGAGUGGCGCAGCGAGCAAUCGGCUUUUUGUUUCCAAUCCCUGCCGCGUAGUGGUGCUGAUUCCGCGAGUUUCCACGCGUCCGGAGAAGAAUUUCGCAAAUUUGGCCAGAAAUUGCUCCAAUUUUCUAUGAAAUUGCUUUCUAAUCUUAUUGUUCGUGUAGUGAAAAGUAGUGUACUGUGUUUGUGUCCCAAAUCCCAACAAUUCCGUGGAAUUUCCAUUGCUAGCUGUGAUUUCCAGAGUGAAGUAGCCAAUUGGGGCAGCAAGAAAUCCCAUAGAAAAGUCAAAUUGCACGGAAAUUUCCUGGCCCAGAUGGCUGAUCCGGCUAUUGAGACCACUCUGGCUCCCCUGCGUCAGGCUGUCAAGCAGCAGGGAGACCUGGUGCGUCAGCUGAAGGCAGAUGGGGCUCCAGAACUCGAUGUGAAGACUGCAGUGGCUGAACUGAAGGCCAGGAAGAAGAUCUUGGAAGACAAAGAGUUGGAACUAAUGCCAGCAGCUGCGACUUUUGAUCGAUCGAAGAUGGAAGACCUCCUGAAACGGAGGUUCUUCUACGAUCAGAGUUUUGCCAUCUACGGAGGAAUUUCUGGGCAGUAUGACUUCGGGCCAAUGGGAUGUGCUCUAAAAGCCAACAUGCUGACAGCCUGGAGGCAAUUUUUCAUCCUAGAGGAGCAAAUGCUGGAAGUGGAUUGUUCAAUUCUCACCCCAGAAUGCGUCCUUCAAGCUUCCGGGCACGUGGAACGAUUUGCUGACCUCAUGACCAAGGAUGUCAAAUCCGGGGAAUGCUUCCGACUGGAUCACCUAAUUAAAAACUCCCUGGAAAAACUAGCAGCGGAGAAAACAGCCACGCCAGAACUCAAGGCUGAAUGCCAGGAGAUCUGCGUGAAGCUCGAUGGGAUGUCCAAGGAGGAAAUGGCAGCGAUACUCAAGAAAUUCAACAUGAAAUCCCCAACAACUGGCAAUGACCUCACCGAACCCAUUGAGUUCAAUCUGAUGUUUGCCACACAAAUCGGUCCCACGGGCCUCAUCAAGGGCUUCCUGCGCCCAGAAACUGCCCAGGGAAUCUUCGUGAACUUCAAGAGGCUCCUGGAAUUCAAUCAGGGCAAGCUCCCAUUCGCUGCCGCUCAAAUUGGGAAUUCCUUCCGGAAUGAAAUCUCCCCGAGAUCUGGACUGAUUCGCGUCCGGGAGUUCACAAUGGCUGAGAUUGAGCAUUUCUGUGAUCCGCGGGAGAAGGACCAUCCAAAAUUUGUGGAUGUCAGGGAUACUCAGAUGAUGCUGUAUUCGGCCUGCAAUCAGAUGGACGGGCAGAGUGGGAAGGUAAUUGCCAUUGGGGAUGCCGUGGCUUCUGGCUUGGUGGCCAAUGAGACCUUGGGUUACUUCAUGGCCAGAAUCCAUCAGUUCCUGCUCAAAGUUGGUAUCCGUCCGGACAGGCUUCGCUUCCGGCAGCACAUGGGCAAUGAAAUGGCUCACUAUGCGUGCGAUUGCUGGGAUGCAGAAUGCCUGACCAGUUACGGAUGGAUUGAGUGUGUAGGCUGUGCAGAUCGUUCGGCUUUCGAUCUCACGCAACACACAAAUGCCACGAAGGUUCGAUUGGCGGCGGAAAAGCGCCUUCCGGAACCAAAAACUCUCGAUGUAACUGAGGCUGUUCCCAAUCGUCCGGCCAUCGGGAAAGCCUUCAAGAAGGACGCUAAAGCCAUUGUGGAGUCUCUGGCUAAUCUUUCGCUGUCUGACUUGCAGACUCUUGAGAAUUCUCUCAAUGAGUCUGGAAGCUACGAACUGCCAAUUGGGGAGGCCACGGCAAAACUGACCAAGGAGAUGGUGAGUGUGAAGACUUCCUCGAAGACGGUGCACGUGGAAGAGAUCAUUCCCAGUGUGAUUGAGCCGUCUUUUGGCAUCGGAAGGAUCAUGUACGCGCUACUGGAGCAGACAUUCCGACAGCGACAGGGAGAUGAACAGAGAUGCUACUUCUCCUUGCCGCCAGUUGUGGCUCCUCUAAAAUGCUCCAUUCUGCCCUUGAGCAACAAUCCGGACUUUGUGCCCUUCAUCAAGAAGAUCUCUUCUGAAUUGACAGGAUCGGAUGUCUCUCACAAAGUGGACGACUCGAGUGGUUCAAUCGGAAGACGCUAUGCCAGAACUGAUGAGAUUGCCAUUCCCUAUGGCAUCACCAUUGACUUUGACACCCUUAAAGAGCCUCAUAGUGUCACUCUGCGUGAGAGGGACUCUAUGGCUCAAGUACGAAUCCCGGUGAAUGAAAUCGCAGACGUCGUGCGCCGUCUGGCGUCAGGUAAGUCUCUGUGGACGGAGAUUGAGGCAAAGUAUCCCAAGUUCGAGCAGCAGGAAUCUUCUGCCAAGUAAUUCGCGAAUAAAAAGUGCUUUUUUAUCAAAAUAAAUUAUUUCCUGAUAA